GUGGCUCGAUUGAUAGAAGACAGAUGUGUGAAAAUAUGGAUGUGAGUUCAGGUUGACUGAGACACUUCAGGGACUGGUAGCAUAGCAAAAGGUCCUGAGGGCAGCUAGGGCACUGAGCAGUCAGGAGCUAGUAAAGUACACAGAGAUCUGUAACAUGAGUCCAAGCCCUAGGACUGCCUUAGCUGGAGGCCACAGAUCUCAUGUGUAAAGAAUUUGUGUAUCUGAGAAGACACCUCAGAGAAGCCUGGGUCAGAGUGAGGUAAGCUGCUUCAGUCGCCUUAUGCCUGUUCUUCCAGUGGCCUUCCCGAGAACUGGACUGCGGUGUCUUCCUCUGUGGACUGGUACAGCAGCACUCUCCCAAGAGGAGGUGAUCAAAGCCAGCCAUUGAGUUCAUGUCAGAGACAGUCCCAUUUCCCCUUACUAGGGAACCCACUUGGACACUGAGCUGCCAUGGCUACAUCUGUGCAGGGGUUCUAGGUUAUCUCCAUGCAUUGUCCUUGGUUGGAGUAUCAGUCUCAGGAAAGACUCCUAGACCCAUAUUUUUUGGUUCUGUUGCUCUACUUGUGGAGCUUCUGUCCCCUCCAUGUCUUUCUAUCUCCCCCUUCUUUCAUAAGAUUCCCUGCAUUCUGCCCUAAGUUUGGCUGAGCCUCAGCAUCUGCUUUAAUACCCUGCUUGGUAGAGUCUUUCAGAGGUCAUCUGUGGUGGCUUUUGUCCUGUUCCUUGUUUUCUUCCUCUUCUGAUGUCCCAUUUGCCUUUCUGAAUGAGGGUUGAUCAUCUUACCUAGGGUCCUCCUGAUUGCUUAGCUUCUUUAGAUGUAUAGAUUAUGGUAUGUUUAUCGUAUAUUAUAUGUCUAAUAUCCACUUAUAAAGUGAGUAUAUACCAUGCCCAUACUCUUCUUGAUGAACUUGAGCACCCAUGUGCUUGAGCAGCAGUAGGGCAUGAAGCCACACACUUCCUUGAUCAUGUCUCACAACAACUUGGUGUGCUUGGUCAGAUACCCAUGGUGCUGGCCUUAGCUUGCUGACUUUCAUUAUCACCUUGUGGCCUUUGUUGAGGCCCACAGCCUUUUUAGUGCCAUGCUUGUUGCUCUCUGAUGGUGGCCGAGACAGCCCCAGCUUUCUUUUAAAGAGAGGCAGGAGAGAUGGCUCAGGCUCAGCAGCCAAGAGCACUAGCUGCUUUUCUAGAGGGCUGGAGUUUGGUUCCCUGCACCCAUAUGGCAGUUCACAGUUCUAAAUUCCAAUUCUCAGGGACCUGGUGCACUGUUUGGUCCUCCGUGAGCACCAGGCACAAAAGUGGUAUAUAGAUACACACUGAGAGCAAAUAGAGUAAAAACUGAAAAAAGGAAUAGCUUUCAAAAAAUCAAAAGUCAGGCAUGGUGGCGUGGCACACGCCUUUAAUCCAAGAACUCAAGGGGCAGGGAUGGAGGGAGAAGUGGAAGUGCUGAGCUGGAUAACCCACACCUUUAAUUUCAGCACCCAGCGAGGCAGAGGCUGGAGUAGUUCUGUGACACUCCUUACUCGCUCCCCCUUGAGUCCCUGGGAGUCACAUGGUCAUCCCACAAGGUCAUAACUAUAGAGUGACGUAGUGGACAUUCAGUAUAGUCUGGUUGAGUAGGUAAUAAAUGGAGUUGCCUUUUCUCUUCCAAAGCCUUGCCCCGCCUCCCCACCUGCUCUGUCCAUCCUGUCUCCUUCCGCAUAGGCUCUAAUCAGAAGGGAAAGCCAGAUUUAGAUGCCCAUAAUCAGGACAUUCCCGGACCUUUCUUGACCUUUUUGCUCAGAGGAACAUCAAGAGUUAAGUGGUCACUUAGCCUGGAAAGGAUAAAAAGAGAAAGCAAGCCUUGGCACUUGGGGAGGUCAUCCAACACCCCCUCCCUGAGUCAAUGGCUCUCUGACAUCAGCAACAGCUGUAUGCCUCAGUGUUCCAGGGUGCCCUCGCUAUCCCCUCCUUCCUCUGAAUGCCAUAAUUCUCCACAGAAUGGCAACAGCAGGACCUUGAACAUUAUCUGUAUGGCCCGUACCACACAACCCCCUCUCUACUCCCUACCACCUUCCCUGAAGGAAGGCCCACGUGUAUCUGAGGCUGCACGUGUCUGAAGCAAUGGGUAGGGAGGAGCUAAGCCAGCCAGCCUGGCAGCACACCCUCUGCCUAGGCACAAGCUAGAAGUAACACCUAUGGGCAAGUCUGAGCCAAAGAUGUCCAUGUGUCCCUGGCUGCUUCCCUAAGAGUGCCUCAACAGGAAGAAGAAAACACUCUGUCCCCAUAGGAACUGGGUGCUGGAGCCAACAAUGCUUUGAGGGGAAAACAGUACCUGUGAGAAGUAAUCCCAAAGAAGAAGCUGGGUGUGGCAGAGCAUGUCUAUAGGCAGGAGAAUCAGGAUUUCAAGGUUCAGCUACACAGCAAGUCUGAGGACAACCCAGGUUAGACCCUCUUGUAAAACAAUCCCACAAGAGAUGUGAACCAAAAAGUGGGUUACACCUCUCCAGUGGGCACUGAUUGGGAGGGUGUGAACCAGGGGGAUAAGCUACUAGAAAGCUGGGAUGGACAAAAAUGAGCACAGCAGAAGAGUGGUUAAGGUGGACAUUAGGGACUAGACCUUGGGGCCUUCAGUGCCUCAAGGCAGUAGCUCUUUUAAGACCUCUUGCAUACCUUCACCAGAACAGGAAUGAAGGCUGUAGGACUCAGCUGACGUGUAUGGUUUCAUAUAUCUAAUUACCUCGAGGGGUUUUGGUCUUGUCCUAUUUCAAGACAGUAGUGACACGAUACGAAAGUCAAAUGCUGGUGGCAGGUCCAGGACAAGGUCUGGAGCAGGGCAAAUCUUGAGACCUUAUUGACAACGUUCUUAGCAUUUUGGCUUAAAAGCAGCCUCUGGGAUAGUUUGAAAGGAAGAGAGCUUAGCAGAGCAGUGCUGGCAUGUCUGGGACCAACAGAGGCAAUUCAAAAGAUUCAUAGAUCUUUGCCCAGUACCACAGGAUUGCAUACUAAUGGGAGUGAAUAACCAAGUAAUUGAUCUUUCCCACCUUUCUGCACAGGUCAAGUCCUGGAGCAGAGCUAGCCCAGCCUGGGCUGGAUGAGGAAAGGGUGAGGAAGGAGCAGGGUGUAUCCUAGGCCCAAGUUAAUCUCUCUCUUUUCUCUCUCUCUCUCUCUCUCUCUCUCUCUCUCUCUCUUUCUCUCUCUCUUUCUCUCUGAUACGGGAUGGGCCCUCUCAUAUCCAGAAAGUCCUCUAAAAUGAGAACUUAGAACAGGGCUUUGCCAAAGGUGGUAUCAAUGGGUGAGCAAAUAAAUGAACAAUUGAACACACAGGGAGAUGAGGAGGCCACAUUCCAUGUGGAGGAGCCAAGGCCAGCCAGAGGACUGCCCUAGUCCUGACACUGACAUCCUUUUUGUCCUUGAGCUGGUUAUUGUCACCAUCCAGGCUAAUGGUCUUGCAGCUUUUUUCUUUUUCUUUUCUUUUCUUUUCUUUUCUUUUCUUUUCUUUUCUUUUCUUUUUGAGAUAGGGCAUUUUUAUGUAGCACUGGCUGUCUUGGAACUCACUAUGUAGAUCAGGCUGGCCUUGAACUCACAAGAGGUCCACUUGCCUCUGCCUGGGAGUGUUGAGAUUAAAGGUGUGUGCCACCAUGCCUAGCUCUGGUCUUGUUGCGAGAACUUACUCUUCUUUGGUUCUUUCACCCUGGCUUACUCUCUUGGCCGGUGUUUCUGUAUAGUGGUGAUUCAGCCCAAUUACUGAACAUUUAAGUGAAUGCUAAAUCUGAAACUUGAGGCCGAGGCUUAAAGUCUACAUUUAAGACUUUUGGGGAGCUAUAUGCCCUCUGUCAAACGACCCCAUUUCAGUGGCCACCACUUUCCUCCGACCUGCUGGUUCUGGCCCUUUCUACUCCGUUCCACACAGUCUGCCUCCUCCCACUUUGGCCAGCACUGCAAUGUGAGGCAAUCUCUUCAUCCUUGACCCUCAGCACGGUGACUGAUGGCUUUUUUAUCUCAAGCGAUGAUGCACAGCCUUCCGCUGGAAGCAUUUAAGGCAGAGUGCUUGAUCCGAGCCAUAGCUGCUGGCCUCGGGACCUUGAAGGCUCAGGAAGAGCAAAUCCCUGAGUACAGCGGCGGCGGCAGUACUGCCACAUCUUGGAGACAGCAUGCUACUAGCCACUUUUAAGCUGUGUGCUGGGAGCUCCUACAGACAUAUGCGGAACAUGAAAGGACUGAGGCACCAAGCUGUCCUGGCCAUUGGCCAAGAGCUGAACCGGAGAGCACUAGGGAACCCCAGUACUGGAUGGAUCAGUCAGGUUCAGCGUCGGAGCUCUCUGCUUGGUUCUCAGCUGGAAGCGACACUCUACAGUGACCAGGAGCUGUCCUAUAUCCAGCAGGGAGAGGCGGCUAUGCAGAAGGCCUUGGGCAUCCUCAGCGACCAGGAAGGCUGGAAGAAGGAAAGCCAGCAGGAGAACGGGGACGAAGUGCUCAGUAAGGUAGUCCCAGAUGUGGGCAAGGUGUUUCGGCUGGAGGUGGUGAUAGACCAGCCCAUGGACAGGCUGUAUGAAGAACUUGUGGACCGCAUGGAGGCCAUGGGAGAGUGGAACCCAAAUGUCAAGGAGAUCAAGGUCCUGCAGAAGAUCGGAAAAGACACGCUCAUCACCCAUGAGCUGGCUGCAGAAGCAGCAGGAAACCUGGUGGGGCCCCGUGACUUUGUGAGCGUGCGCUGUACCAAGCGCAGAGGCUCCACCUGUGUGUUGGCAGGCAUGGCCACACACUUUGGGGAGAUGCCCGAGCAAAGCGGUGUUAUCAGAGCUGAGCACGGUCCCACCUGCAUGGUGCUUCAUCCAGUGGCUGGAAGUCCUUCAAAGACUAAGUUCACUUGGCUGCUCAGUAUUGACCUCAAGGGGUGGCUACCGAAGACCAUCAUCAACCAGGUCUUAUCACAGACCCAGAUGGAGUUUGCCAACCACCUGCGCAAGCGCCUGGAGUCCAGCUCUGCCUCUGAGGCCCGGUGUUAAGGACUGUGCCCACUACAUCAACCUGCUUGCCACCCGCACACUCCAGCAGGAAGCUUGCAAGUCUGUUUAAAAUCUUCAGUUGAUGACAAUGGGAAGAUUAGUAGUCAUAAAACUCUAAGACUGACUGGUAAAAAGUAGAAAAUGAGGGAAUGGGAAAAUAGAAAUGAGGCUUAGAAUAAAAGACCUCUAGCGUCUCCCACUGAGCUGUGAAGUGAAGGCUAAGGGAAAGGAAUCUUAAAUCCUUUUAUAGGCCUAUACAUGCUCAUCUAAAACCCUAAAAAUGCCAGCAGCUUAUGUGAUAAGGUAGUGCUCAGGAUCAGGAACCGUUGUUUUACAAGCUCAAAAUGCCUGAAGGCAAUGUGUGCACCAAAAAGCAAGGGCUUACCUAGGGAAUUCUGUGGCCUUCUGCUCCUCUGAAAAAGGCCAGAACUUGAAACUACCCACAAAAGGGAGCUUUCAGAGUAUACAUCCUAACUUUUCUCUACGGAGAAAUGGAGUAGUCAUUGUGCUGUGGCCUCCCUACUUAUCCCAUCACAAUAAAAACCAUGUGUGCACAAUCCUGCCUGUACAUAUCUGUCCCACUCUAAGGAAAUCUGCUGGGAAUCAUAGCUUCAUUAGAGUUCUGGGCCAAGACUGUUGGUUUAAGUUACCUAGUUUGUGGAGCUCCAGCCAAAAGCCAGUGUGGUGGCACAUGCCUUUAAUCCCAGCACGUCAGAGGCAGAGGCAGAGGCAGGUGGAUCUCUAAUACUGAGGCCAGCCUGGCCUACAUGCAAGGAUAGCCAGGGCUACAGAGUGAGACCCUGCCUCAAAAAUACAAGAACAGUUGGGAGCACUGGUUGUUCUUCUAGGGGAUCCAGGUUCAAUUCCCAGCACCCACAAUGGCAGCUCAUAAUUGCAAUUCCAGUCCUAGAGAAUCUGAUGCCCUCUUCUGGCCUCUGUGGGCACCAGACAUGUACAUGAUGCACAGACAUACAAACAUGUAGGCUGAAUACCCAUAAACAUUAAAAACAAAGUACUAGUCAGGCAUGGUGGCUGUAAUCUCAACCCUCUAAAUGACGACACAGGGAACUACCCUAAAUUCAAGGCUAGUUUGGACCACAGUGAGACCAUCUCACAACAAAUACAGAACUCUCUAGAGUUGACAGUUAAGAUUAAUAGCUUUGGGAGAGGAAGAUUAUAACAGGAUUUUUAUCUGCCUAAUUAAAAAGAUUAUACCAAAUAAGAAAUAUUAAUAAUGUAAAGAUAGUGACUAUGUCUAUUGUUUAUGAGCUUAGUUAGUAAUAAACAGAUUAGAUGUCAGCUUGGCUCAGAGCUAGCAAUUUCCUUGUUUGAAAAGGUUAAAAUAUUACCAUUUGGGAAGAAAAAAUACCUAGAAGGCAAUAGAGUAAUUCCUGUUCCAGGAUUUGGAGAUGUUAUACUUUAAAGAUGUAAGUUGAGAGCUGGGCAUGGUAGCGCAAGCCUUUAAUCCCAGCAGAAAGCAGAGGCAGGGGGAUCUAUGUGAGUUCAAGGCUAGCCUAGUCUACAAAGUGAGUCCAGGACAGCCAGGGCUGCUAAACAGAGAAACCCUGUUUCGAAAACAAAACAAAAAAUAAAACUAAUUUAAGUUGGGAUCAGCAAAAUGACUCAGUGUCAGUAUCUAAAGUGCCUGCCACCAAGACUGGUGACUCCAGAAGGGAGGAGGGAACUGAAAACUGACUCCACAGAACUGUCCUGAUUGCCACUUGUUUGCACUCUCAUCUGUAUGUGCUGGAAUAUAUUGGGUUCCUUUGGUGAAUGUUAAGGAUGACACAGUUACUGCAUACACAUGGAGGUCAGAGGGCAACUGCAGGAGCGUACACCCCCACCCCCGGGAUGUCAGGGUAGGCAGCAAGCACCUGUAUCUGCAAAUGCCAAGUUGCUGACCCACUUUUCUGUCCUUUAUGGUAGUAGUGUGGUUAAUUCCUAUCAUUUGCAAAGAAUUCCAGCUUAUUUAUGAAUAGAACAGGGUGGGAACACUGAUAUUUAUUGAAGUCUUAACAACUGAUAUUUAUUACAAUUCAUUCUGAUUGCUUUUCAGUCUACUUUGCCACAGUUAAGAGUAUCGCUCAUCCUGGAGCUUCAGGGUGAGGAAGGGCACUGUAGAGCUUUUCUGAUAGAACCAUCACCAGGAUUAGCUAAGAGAAAGCAGCCAUUUGCUGAAAAAUUCAGUAGAGCAAGGAGGGUACUGGUAAAAGGGCCUUCAGGAAGCACCGUGGCUGUAACUGGACUGUCAUUUGCUCCUUCUCACCCUGUUAAGUGUAUCUUUGUGCUGUUUGGGAUGUAUUAUGCAUUUGUUUAAUUUUACAUUUCAAUAAAACUAGUUGUCAAUGGUAACCUAGGUACCAGUAGGUGCCUCUA